UGACUGGAAGGGCAUGAACUACUGCUGAGGACAGCAGCACUGCUUCAACAGCAGGAAGAUGAACACCCUUUGGCACCAGUAAAAAAUGAGAUUUAGUAGGCAGAGCGUUUAGCUACCGGCAGCCACGAGGGAAGACUGAAGGGGAAGGAGGGAAGAGGUCAGGGGAGAGGACGGGGGGAGGAGUUCAUCGAUCAAGGGACCGUUUCUGAGCAGCCUCCGAACACACGUUUCUCAGGAGGUUGAUUACAGCUCUGGAAUCUUCGCUCGUCAUAAUGGCACUACCCGACACAAUCAUGUUGGCCCCUGCCUCUGUACAUUUAUGGAUUGCGUCAGGCCCAACUCCACCAUCCACCUCAAUAUCCAGAGAGGGAAACUGAGUCCUCAGCCACUGAAACUUUGGCAUCAUGUCAUCCAUGAACUUCUGUCCUCCAAAGUCAGGUUUCACUGUCAUGACCAAAGCCACGUCGAUCUGAUUGGCCCACGGGGAAGGAUUUGGUAACCACUGCCUUACUGGAGUCGCUAGGAUCUUUGACUGUGAGCGAGCAAGACCCAAGCACACAAACGCCAAAACGACAAAAAAUUAAAAUAUUAAGCAGUGCUCUUCAAAACAAGAGCACUGUCCUGCUGAUUCACAUAUUGUUUACCCUUUAUCGUCUGUGGAGGGGCAGGAAGAAUGAAUGGACAUACUUUGAACAACACUUGUGACCCCCUCAGUAGUCCACUUUUGGCAGAAACUCUUGGAAGCAAACCUUAUAAAUCUGAGACACAACCCCAAGGCACUCAUCUAAACUUGCCUCUUGUGGAUAUGCUGGAAGAACAGGAGCCAGACCUCAAAGCCAUGGAGGGCACUUCAGUUGUCAAAAUGGACAGUGAUGAAGAAAACGGCUCCCCUUGCAGGGCUGGAAGAGGCUUCCCCAGAGCCAUUGGCUAUGUCAUGGGAGAUAUGAAGGAGUUUGCCAACUGGCUUAAAGACAAACCUGUAGUGCUUCAGUUCGUUGACUGGGUUUUGCGGGGAAUAGCCCAAGCAGUACUUGUUAAUAACCCCAUCAGUGGGAUUAUUAUUUUAAUUGGACUCUUGGUACAGAAUCCCUGGUGGGCCCUCACAGGCUGCAUAGCGACUGUGGUCUCCACCCUCACAGCCCUUUUGCUGAGCCAAGACAGGGGUGCAGUGGCGGCAGGACUUCAUGGAUAUAAUGCCAUCCUGGUUGGAUUGCUCAUGGCUGUCUUCUCAACCAAGGGAGACUAUUACUGGUGGCUUUUAUUUCCUGUGACUAUUAUGUCCAUGACAUGUCCAGUUUUUUCAAGUGCUCUGAGUUCAGUCUUCUGUAAAUGGGAUCUCCCGAUCUUCACGCUACCUUUCAACAUGGCCAUAACCCUGUAUUUGGCUGUCACUGGGCAAUACAAUCCUUUUUUUCCUAUUGCCCCCUUUAAGCCUGUAUCAUCAGUGCCCAAUGUUACCUGGAGUGAAAUUGAUGUGCCCCAGCUCCUAAAAUCCAUCCCUGUCGGAGUGAGUCAAAUCUAUGGAUGUGACAAUCCUUGGACAGGGGGGAUUUUUCUGGUAGCUAUGCUUUUCUGUUCUCCACUUGUUUGCCUGCACGCUGCAAUCGGAUCAGCACUCGGAAUACUGGCAGGGCUGAGUCUUUCGGUUCCAUUCGGACACAUCUACUUGGGCCUGUGGGGUUUCAACAGCUCUCUGGCUUGCAUUGCCAUCGGAGGCAUGUUCUACGCCCUCACCUGGCAGACCCACCUUCUGUCCCUCUUCGGUGCCCUAUUUACGGCCUAUCUAGGAGGAGCGUUGGCAAACAUGAUGUCUGUGUUUGGAUUGCCUUCCUGUACGUGGCCCUUCUGCUUGGCUGCAGUCGUGUUUCUUCUAAUGACUACUAAAAACCCAGCCAUCUACAAGCUUCCCCUCAACAAAGUGACUUACCCAGAGGCCAAUCGACUCUUCUACUUGUCAUCAAAGAAAAGAAUGGUGGAAAGCCCCUUAUGAUUCAAGUGCCAAACUAGAGCUGCCCUUUCUGGUUUCUAAUCCAGCUGCACAACUUGACUUCCAGUGUAUGUGAAUUGAUAUUU